AUGCUUCUUCGACUCUAACGGCCAUGCUACUGAAGGCAGCCGCCUUCCUGUCCAUCAUUUUACAUGAUGUGCUAGCCGAUACAGAUGAAGAUAUACAAGGUUUGGACGUUGAUCCGUACCUGCAAUAUCGGCCAGCAUAUGCUCGCUCACUUCCUAUUCAAAUUCUGCUCACCGGAAUCGUCUUGACCCUCGUCGCUGUUCUAUUUAUUCAUCUCAUAUUCACGGCCCAGUACCAUUGGCCAUUAGCCCCCGUCAACUAUGUCUUGCAAAUGUCCGAAAGUCAACAGUGGCCUUACAUGCUGUCGUAUAUCGCUGUUAAUGUACCCCCGAUGGACAUGAGCGAAAAUGCUGCAUGGACCACGGCCGAGCUAGCGACCUGGUUAAUCAUGAAUGCUACGACGUCUGGACUUAUCCAGAUAACUCAUAUACAAUUCCUGACACUUCUAUACCCUUCUCGACUAGAAGGAAGACUUAUCUUUUCUCUACUGAUACCCUUGGCUGUAAUGGCUGCCGUCAUGCAACUCACACCAAUGUCGGGAAAUCUUCAAGUAAAAGAUGUCGCUACGGCUAUCCGAAACGUCUGCAAUGCAACGCUUUCUCUCCUGUUCACGGUAGCUCUUUUCGUCUGGGGCGUACUCGUGAAUCGUAAACAGGCCUGGCGUACGGACGGCGGUACAGCGGCCUUUGGUUGUGCAGCUCUCGCAUUGGCCCUCGUUAGUACGGCUCUCAAUUUCCUGUACAUUCCGAGGGAAGAAGAAUACGUCUGGCUUCCGGGAUUGAUGUGGGCGGUUGUACUGUGGCAAAGCUUCUUAGGAUGGUGGUGGUGGGUUGGUGCCGGGACUGGGACAAAUUACGACCUUCCAGAACGGAGAGAAGGAAGACGUGAGAAGAGAAAACGGGCCUCAAAAGAACAUCGCAAAGGUACCCGAGAGCGUGCGCAACUAGUAUGGCGUGGCGUUACGGGUGCUUUCACUGUUCGACAAGAAUCAGUGGAGUUGACUGCAACGACAGUCCGUCGCCGUUCGGUACCACAUGCUCCCGAUUCUCGUUCGACGUCACUAGAGGCACCUCAAUCUCUCUCAGAAGAUCCUCAUGCAGCUUCAUCUUCUACCACUUCGUUUACGUCCACCGGAACUCUUCCUCGCAUUUUUCCGGCAGUAGUCCACCGCUGGUAUGCACUACUCCGGCAAGCACACGUAGCUGCUACUCGACAACAAGCUAUCGAACGCGCAGAUCGAAUUCGAGAGCUUGAAGAAGCGGGUGCUCCUCGCUCGACUCACACUGGUUGGGGCUUGGGUAGCUUCGCUUGGAGAUCGGGAAGAGCUGGGCAGCACAGACGCGGGGAAGAGCUUGACAGGCAUCCCACGCAAAAUUCCCAGCGGGAACAAAAUGAAACUGCUUCAUGCCAGGAGACCGAUAUAACAUCGGUCGGGGGAGAUAGUCAUGACGAAGAGGAGGACUGGGAUCGUCCAAAUCAACCUCCUUCAGAAACAAUACAACGUGAAGCGCCAGGUCGUCGUCAGUCGUUGUGGUGGUGGGGGCCUCUGGGACGUUGGCGUCUCCAAGACUCGACUGUCUAUUAGGCAUCUUCGUGGUAUGUGCCAUCAAUGUAACUAUAGGUGUACAAUAAGGGUUCUAGACAUUGGCAUAUAUCCAUUCCGGUAAUCAGCAUUUAUGAGAUCAUCUAAUAAAUGUAUCCUAUAUAGUACCGCUUCCUUGGUUCGAAUCGAUAUCGUUUCGUGGUUAUACCUUCC